UUUAGCGGAAGUGACGUGUGCAUCCUUCCUGUUCACAGACGCCUCCCGAAGAAAACACGGAGUCCACGGCGCUUAUCGUGAUGCUCAUGUUGAAGGUCCCAGGGACGACUGGACCGGACCGAUGGCGGAACGUGGAGGGUUUCUGAGCUGUUAGAAGCAGUGUACGUGUUUAGGCCGGGCCGGACCAGGAGGGACCGGGCCAUGGCUCCUGCGGCUCUGCUCGUAGCUCUUUCGCUUUUUCUUCCGUGUAUCCUUCGCGCACAAGUGCCGCCGCCAGAGAAUCUCACCCUCCAGGCUGUGAACACAGACUAUUCUCUCCGAUGGACCUGGCCUGGCAUGGACGGGCAGACUGCUUCUUUUACGGUCCAAUGCGUUUCGAAAUACCAAUUAGCAAGAAAAAAUCCAAAGUGGAAAACUGCGUGUGAGGAAACUUCAGACAUGUCAUGUGACCUCAACCCUCUGGAUCUGCAUUACCUGGGUCUCUAUACACGGGUCUGUGCCACUGUGAAUGGAAACGACUCCGACUGGGUUCCGUUGGAUUUCGCCCCAGCUAAAGAUGCUGCUGUGGGACCCCCCACCGCAGUGCAGGUGUCUGCUAUUGACAGUGGCCUGGAAAUAUCGAUCUUAGAGCCUCAAACUAACAACAAUACCUCCAUGAAGGAGAAGGUCUCCUCUCUGCGCUAUAGAUUCACGUACUGGGAAGAAAGCACAGGUUCUAAGAGCGCACAGUUUCUAAUCAGCCCCAACACAAGAGUUGUUCAGGAAAACCUGCAGUCCUGGACCAGGUACUGUGUCAGUGUCCAGUCUCUUACCAUUGAACCCAACAGAACCAGUACCUUCACAGUCCCAGUCUGCAUCGGUACCAAUGGUGCAUUUAGCUGGGGGAAGAUCUGCCUGAUCUUUUUCUCAUGUUUGUUUUUUGUUUUCCUGCUUGUGUUUGGAUUAGUGCUUGGAUGUUUUCUUUGCCACAGAAUCUACAAAAACAGCUUUAAUCCCAAAGUCGAUCUACCCAGUUUCCUUGAUGAGUUCCUUGCCUCUCCAACUCUCCUGCAUUCAGAACAACACUCAGAGCUGCAGUGUGACCUUCUGUCAGUGAGAUCUCCCUCCCCUCAGCAGGUGCCCUCUGGUGCGAGAGACAGUAUUCACAGCUGCAGUGGGGACUCUGGGGUCUCCAGCAAUGACACGAGCACCUCAGCUCAGAGCUCUGUCCGCUCAACUCAGAGCUCAGCACAGAGCCCUGAGCUCAGCUCUGGUCUCACAAACGAACUGGAGGGCUCUUUGGGUCUGAUACAAGUGCAAGAUAUAGACUUGCCUCAAAAACAUGCUCUCUUCAUUGCAGAUGAGGGCUUUGGUGACAGCCCAGAGACAGUACAGUGUCAACAAUGAAGAAAUAAAAGUUCUAUAACAGCACACAGACUUUAAUCAGUAAGUACAUUUAUAUGGACUGCAGAGAUCAGUAUAAUCAGAACUCAAAUAUGAUUUGUUGUUUCAUCAUUAAUACUACCAGUGGUGACAUGUGUCAGUUAAUCAAUGGAUUCUUGAUAUAGUCAAAGGCUGUACUUUCAAAUAUAAUUGUUCGUCUUUGCCACAUGAGCCCGCCUUUUAUGCAGAUUUGUUCUUGCCUUUCUUGCAUUGCCAAAACCAUCACAGGUGUGUGACUAGUCAGAAAGAAAUCUGAUUACUCAAGUCACUUUACAUGACAUGUUACAAGAGUCAACCAAUAAUCUUCCCGUUGUAACCUGAUGCUUAAGAGCUUUUCGUCAGCAUUUUGCCUACCAUGCUUCCUCAGGUGAAAUUGAAACACUGAAGAAGAAAGUGUAUCUAAUAAACUACAACAAGCUCUCUCUAAUAUUAAACAAUGUCUUUAUUAUUAUUGUUGACACUUAAUCAUUAGUUAAAAACAUGGUCUCACAUGAAAUACAAAUAUUUGCCCAGACUACCAUUAAAACAUGAGUAACAGUUGUUCCAUUAUAAACUGUAUGCAUUUGAAAACUCAAUAGUACCAAAAAUACACUACUUGUAUUUACGGAUCAACAAUCUCAAGUACACAGUAUAAAAGCUGGUGAUCGACAGUUCAUUAGUGUUAAACCAGUGCCUUUAACUUAAGUGCCAUUCUCAUAUAUUAUAAUAUAAAUAGUUGAAACAUAAGUGGUUUAACUUGGAAAAAGAGGCACAGACAUAAUAAAGUUGGGAGAGGCAGUGUGUGUGUAACAGUAUCUAUGGCAGAGACAGUUCUUACAAAAUCAAUCAUAGUUAAACAUUGGUCUAGUGUCUUAUUGGGUCCAUUGAACCAGUCUGCUUUUAAUCUAUUAUUUACAUGCCCAUGUCGUGAUCACUGACACUCUGACGCAGGUAGUCCUCAUAGAGCUUUUUCUGAAGAAGAAAGGGACAAAGAAUACAUGUUAAAAAUGUAAAUAUAGGUGUCCAGGGAAUAAUACUGAAAGCCAUUUGUGUUUGUUUUUAAUACGGCAACAUAAAAUGAAACUGAAAAUUGUAAUGGUCCAAUAUGAGCAGAACCUUUUUUGUCAGCCCUACUUAAAUAUUCAAAAUGGCAUAGAAUUACACAGAAAAGCACUGACUCACUAUGCAUUAGACAUUUCAGAUAAGUAGAUCAGCACAGGGUGGGUUAUAUUGCAAUUCUGUUCGACACUGGUGGUUUCAGAUUGUAGAUUCUAGAAAAAGGAGGUCGUAUUUUUUCAUUAAGAGAUUUUGGCCAUUGUUUUUGUUUUCCAAUAAUGUUUUUUUACAGCCAUGUUUGAUGACAGAGUAAUUAACAAUAUAAACAAAAAGUAAACUAGAUUUGUGGGGACAACUCAAUCUGGUAGAACAAUUACACUUUUUUUAAAUGGACACCAAGUUAAGCAUUUAGCAUAUUAAAAUCUCUUUUUCAAGUUUUUAUAUAUUCUUAGUACAGAUUGGGAUUAUGUUGUCACACCUCAGAUAAAAUAGCAUUUUAAAUAAACCUCACAAAUGUUGUUCCAGAUAAUUUUUAUCGGAUGAAACAUUUGUGGGUCAUAAAUCCUGACAUUUCUUUCCAAAACAGUGAAUUUCCAAGUCAUGGGUCAAACUAAAUAUUUAUUGAAAAAUUUCAACAACAUCUGCAUGUUUUCUCUUCUUUCAAGAUAUGUAAUGUUAAAUCUUUUCUUAUUAAAAUAAAUGUUUAAUAAUAAUUUUGCUUAAACACUGAAUCCAGAACAAGCAAUAUAAAACAAUGACAAAGUUUUAAAUAAAUAAUGCCUCUAUAGCCUAUCUGUAGCCGACAGGCCAGCUCUAAUACAUAUUUGGUAUGAUCUCGCGGGCCAAAUAUAAUUAUAUUGUGGGCCAAAUUUGGGCCCAGGCCUGAGGUUGACAUGUCUGGUCUAAAAUGAUAAUCUCAAAUUUUACAGCGUGAACACAAGCAUUUGCACACCUCUAGAAUUAAUGUUAAGAUACUAAAAUUUUUAACUGUGGUAUUGUGAUACUCAGUGUCAAUUCCACUGAUAAUGAUAAAAACGAGCAUGUCCUUUAGACAACAGACUGUCAUUUUCAACAUUAAACCAUAUCAAAUCAAAUCAAAUAUCUGUAAUCCCCUCAGUCAUACAUGUAGGUUUCAUAGUGGUACAUGGGCGUAUACUCGUCUAUGUGCUCUUAUACUCGUUCUGAUCCAGCUCAAGAUCAUCCUAAAGCUGUUUAGGAAAAGUUUAUUUCUGUUCUGUUGAUGUGUAGUAUAAUUUCUUCAAAAGAGUAUCUACUUUCACUACUAGUUGAAGUAUCACUUAGCUUAUGAUUUUUGAUACUUUUGAAACUCCAGCUAGAUUUAAACAAACUUACCUUUUUGUUCUUCACCACUUCCUGAAUGUAUUCGAGCUUUUCCUCCAGCUGCCUUCUCUGUUUGCCUGACAUUGUUUGACGGGUCCUGAAGGAGUAAGAAAAUGUAUACAUCUAGGCAUCAGGAUCAAUAUCGACUACUAAAUAAACAAUUACUAUAUUCAAUAUAUGAAAGCUGGAAUAAUAGAUAACGAGGAUAAAUAUGUAUAUUUUAUUCAUUUAUUUGGUGCAGCUCAUGCCUUUUAAUCAUGCAGUAUAUUUAAAAAUAGGUUUACUGGGAUUAUUUUGCAUUAUUGUUAUUGUGUUAGUGGCAGGUGUGUGAAAGUCUUACUUGAAGCAGAAGCGAGAGACGAUGAGAAACAGGAAGGAAACCACAAUGAGCCCAACACAGAGGUACAGCUGCUGUUCGCCAGUCAGAGAAUCAAAGAGACGCACCACAGGGGCCUGGGGAUCACAACGACAAUGAUGUUCUAAAUUUUGUUCUAGAAAGCAAUGCACUUAACUAAUGCUGGCACCCAAGGCAACACAUUUCCAAUUCUUGCACUAAAAAUUACACAAAAUUGAACUGUAGUUGAAGAAUAUAUAAAAAUAACUAAGACAUAUCUCACAGUUGAAUCCAACUUUUGUUUAAUUUGGUUGUCUGUUAGUUAAUCUUGUCUUUUAUUGACCAAUGGCUGUUUCAGUUUUGGUUUUCUAAAUUUCUAUAGGUGAAAUUACCCACCUCUUGUACUGUAUAUAGUGGAGAUAUUUUUAAUAUAUUUGUAUUACUAUAUUUCUGUAUUUUAUUUGUACUUGUACAUCUGCACUUGGUAUAAUAAUGCCUUAUUUGACACCAUUCUCUUGCUGUUUUUGCCAUUAAUUCAUUUAUACUGUUACUCUUUGUUAUUAUAAUAUUUUGUGAUCUGUGACCUACUGUGCCCAAAUAAAAUCCUUAAAGUUUAA